AUGGCCCGCCCAUUGGUCUCAAAGCGGGGUGUUGCGCGGCUGUGCCACACACCAGAACUCCCACAUCCCUUCUCGCGAAGCAGCACAGUGACUCACCGACCUUUACGACGACAAAGCACCGUAGCUGCUACUACCACAAUCGAAGAGAACGGCCCUAUUCCCGCACCGCAUAAACCGACCCGAAGGUUCGAAGCCAUCAAAUCCGCAAAACCCUUCUCCGACUUUCUCACCGACACCUUCCACCGCCAACAUGACUACCUCCGCAUCAGCAUCACCGAGAAAUGCAACCUGCGCUGUUUAUACUGCAUGCCCGAGGAAGGGGUUCCGCUAUCUCCGCCGGCGCAUCUACUCACAACGCCAGAGAUAGUAUACCUAUCGUCACUGUUCGUGUCGCAGGGAGUCACUAAGAUCCGAUUGACAGGAGGCGAACCAACAGUCCGAAAGGACAUAGUGCCAAUGAUGCAGGCAAUAGGAGACCUGCGCAAAGACGGACUGAAAGAAUUAUGCCUGACAACAAACGGGAUUUCGCUACACCGCAAACUGGACGCAAUGGCUGAAGCAGGAUUGACGGGCGUCAAUCUGAGUUUGGAUACUCUCGACCCAUUCAAAUAUACUAUCAUGMCCCGCCGCAACGGAUUUGAGGCAGUCAUGAAAAGCAUUGCUCGGAUCGAAGAGAUGAACCGCGCAUUCGGCGCGGGCAUAAAACUCAAGAUCAAUUGCGUGGUUAUGCGGGGAUUGAAUGAGCAUGAAAUCGUUCCCUUUGUCGAGAUGGGCAAAGAGAAGGAUAUCGAGGUUCGAUUUAUCGAAUAUAUGCCCUUUGACGGGAAUAAGUGGAGUGAGCAGAAGAUGGUUCCGUAUCAGGAAAUGUUGGAUAUCAUCCGGAAAUCGUAUCCGGAAAUAGAAAAAGUGGCAGGUCACAAGAACGAUACCAGCAAGACGUACCGCGUCCCCGGGUUUCAGGGCAAGGUCGGAUUCAUUACUAGCAUGACGCACAACUUCUGCGGGACAUGCAACCGCCUACGCAUAACAUCAGAUGGAAAUUUAAAGGUUUGUCUACACGGAAACGCAGAGGUAUCCCUCCGCGACCUGAUCCGCGAAGAGAACAACGGCCUACCUAUUGACGAAGAGGCUAUGAAAACUCUGGAUCUCCUCGAAUCGGGCCGCCUAGCAUCGCGCAUCCAAUCCGAGGAAAACUUGCUGUCUCGCGAACGUAAAUUACUCGACGUCAUCGGGUUAGCUGUCAAGCGCAAGAAAGCGAAGCACGCCGGAAUCGGGAAAUUGGAGAAUAUGAAAAAUAGGCCUAUGAUUUUGAUUGAUAAUCCUGUCUUGAAUCUCAGUCGUACAAGAAUGAACAACCUGAUACCAACCCAUCUAUUACAUUCGUCGCAUACUCACCAACUCCGAGCAUAUACCACCAAGAGACAACCCGCUGAUGACAAGGAGUAUAAAGUCAAACCCAACCACCCGGUCCUCCCCCAUCUCAACACCGCCGGACACAUGCACAUGACCAACGUAGGCUCCAAGCCCAGCACCCAACGAUACGCGCGCGCAUCCUGUGUAGUGCAUUUCACAAACGAGAUUACAUACACCACCCUCACUUCAUCCUCUGAAUCCUCAACAGGCGGAAUGACGUUAGCGAAAGGCGAUGUAUUCGCCGCUGCACGGGUGGCCGGUAUCAUGGCCGCGAAAAAGACGCCUGAUAUUGUGCCACUGUGCCAUCCGAGUAUUGGUGUUGAUAGUGUCAGUGUUGAUAUUUCUCUCAUCCCGCCCUCUACAUCAUCGAUCACAGAGAAUGGGGGAGAAGGGGGGUUUGGCGCCGUCGAGAUCGUGGCUACGGUUACGUGCGAAGGACGUACGGGUGUCGAGAUGGAGGCCAUGACGGCUGUGAUGGGUGCUGCAUUGACGGUGUAUGAUAUGUGCAAGGCUAAUGAUAAGGGGAUCGUGAUUGAUAGCGUGAAAUUAUUAGAGAAGAGGGGUGGGAAGAGCGGUAUUUGGAAGAGGUAG